AUACCUCCAAGAAUAUGUGGCAUUAGGUACAGCUGGUGGCUUGUACCAUUUUAGAGAUCAAAUUAGAUUUGGAAAUCCAGAGGCAUUUUUUGUAAUGAAUGGUGAUGUAUGUUCGGAUUUUCCCUUAGCUGAACUUUACCAAUUUCACAAAGAAACGUGGGAAAAAUCUGGCAAAAAAAGCAUUAGUUACAAUAAUGGGAACAGAAGCAACUAGACAUCAGUCUCUAAACUAUGGAUGCAUAGUUACAAAUAAAGAGACUUUGGAAGUGACUCACUAUGUUGAAAAACCCAGUUCAUAUGUGUCAACAUUAAUAAAUUGUGGAGUAUAUGUAUUUUCUCCUGAAAUAUUCCAUACAAUAGGCGCAGUUAGUAUGAAACUACAAGAGCAAUACAGCAAAAACGGAAACGGAAAUGGUAAUAGAGAAGCCGGCUAUAUCCAACUAGAACAAGAAAUACUAGCUCCACUUGCCGGAUCUGGACAAAUAUAUGCUUUACCAGUCACAAAUUGGUGGUCGCAGUUAAAAACUGCCGGUUCAGCUAUCUAUGCUAAUCGUCAUUAUUUACAGCUUUAUAAGGCAAAGCAUCCAGAAAGAUUAUGUUCACCAGGAGGAAAUGAAGAAAGGUGUGUAAUUUACCCCGAUGUCCUUGUAGAUAAAACAGCAUCUAUUCAUCCUACGGCUGUGUUGGGACCUAAUGUAAGUAUAGGAGCAGGUGUCACUGUAGGAUCCGGAGUACGAAUACGAGAAAGUAUUGUUUUGAAUGACGCAACGAUAGAAGAUCGUAGCUUAGUCCUUCAUAGUAUCAUCGGACGAGGUUCAAGAGUGGGUAAAUGGGCACGAGUCGAAGGAACACCGUCGGAUCCGGAUCCAAACAAACCCUUCGCUAAAAUGGAAAACCCGCCAUUAUUUAAUUCAGAUGGAAAGCUCAAUCCGUCAAUUACUAUUUUAGGUUGCUCGGUGAGUGUUCCGUCAGAAACUAUUUUAUUAAAUUCAAUCGUACUUCCCAACAAGGAACUAUCAAGAAGCAUUAAAAAUGAAAUAAUUUUAUAAAUACAGAAAUAAAAACCAAGAUGCACAAACAACUUUUAUAAAAAUUUUCAAUUUGGAGUGAAUGUUAUGUUUUUAUCUUUGUACAAAUAUUUUUAUUUUAUUUUUAAAGAUUUAUUUUUACUUUUACUAAUCAUUCCAGACUGAAUAAAUAUUGACUUCCUGAU